AUGAAUACAGCCACAUUGCUUCUCGUCUUCAUUCUUGGAGCGAUAAAUGCUGCUUACGCAGGUUUGGAUGAAAAUCUGGCUAAGGCAUUGCAUGCUAAAUGCAUAGAAGAAACUGGGGCUGAUGAAGAAAGGAUACCAAAUGCGCUUAAAGGAGAAUUUCCGGAUGAUCCCAAAUUUAAGUGUUAUAUUAAAUGCAUCACUGUGAAUUUCGGAGCUAUGGCUGAAGAUGGGAAAGUGACAUUUACCGAUGAUAUAAAGAAGCAGUUGCCGGAUGAUAUUGCUGAACCUAUAAGUAAAAUGGUUAACACUUGCAAGAAUAAAUUGAAAUCUGAGGAUGUUUGCGAAAGAGCUUACGAGUUGCAUAAAUGCGUAUACGAUAUCGACCCAACGAAAUACUUUUUAUUCUAAGAUUACCAGAUGCAAGAGAAAACAAUACUUCUAUACCAAAAUGAUUGUUUUUAACGGAUAUUUUUAAUUGGAUCAAUAGAUUUAGGCUUAUAUAACAUAAUUA